UUUUGUUAUAAUACAGUGCGAAAAUCUUUGUCACGAUGGAGCCUUUUACUUUAAUUCUGACUAUUUUAACAACGAUUAUUUGCUUAUAUUAUUUUCUUUUAAGUAAAUUAUCUUUCAAAUCUUUUAAACUAUCUUACUUCGAGCAACUGAAAAUUCCCCAUGUGCAACCGAUUCCAUUAUUGGGUAAUAUGGCACCCUUUGUUUUUCGACGUAUAACCCAUAUGGAGCUUCAACAAAAAAUGUAUAACCUCUUCCCGGACGCAAAAUUCUUCGGCCUCUAUGAUUUUUUAACACCAAUUAUCGUUAUUCGUGACCCAGAUUUGAUUUCCACAAUCGCUAUAAAACAGUUUGAUAAUUUCUGUGAUCACCAUGGCUUCGUAAACGAAAUUCUUGAUCCAAUAGCCGGCAAAAAUCUGUUUAACCUGACAGGGGAUCACUGGCGCGAAAUGAGGAAACUUCUUAGUCCCAGUUUCACAUCCAGCAAGAUGAAGAUGAUGUUUGGACUUAUGUGUCAAUGCGCCGAGAACUUAACCAAUUUUGUGAUAACGCAAUCUGGAGGAUCUGCCAAAACAUAUGAUAUAAAAGACUUACUGUCCAGAUACACUAACGAUACAAUAGCUACGUGUGCUUUCGGUAUCGAUGUGGAUUCUUUUAAAAAUCCAAACAACGAAUUUUUCUUACUUGGCAAUAAAUUAAAAUUUGAAGGCUGGAUGGCUUUCAAGUUUCAACUGCAUCUUAACUUCCCAGAAGUUGCAAAACUCCUUAAGAUAAGAAUGUUUGGUCCAAGAGUAGAGAAUUUUUUCAAAAAUGUCGUUACCACCACAGUGAAGGCCAGAGAUGAACAGGGAAUUGUUCGUCCAGACAUGAUUCAAUUGAUGAUGGAGACCAGGAACGAUGAUAGUGGACCUAAAUUUGACAUCAAUGAAAUGACCGCUCAAGCAUUCGUUUUCUUUCUCGCUGGAUUUGAUACGGUAUCAUUAGCUAUGUGUUUUGUGACGCACGAAAUCGGCGUCAAUCCUGAUGUUCAGAAAAAAUUGAGAGAAGAAAUCGACGAUGUUGUCAGACAAACCAACGGCAAACCUACCUACGAAGCUAUUAAUCGCAUGAAGUAUUUGGACGCUGUAGUAAAUGAAACUCAAAGGCUGUAUCCAAUAGCACAUUUUCUUGACAGAAAAUGUGUUAAAGAGACCGAAUUACCACCAGCGACUCCGGGUGACAAACCGAUCAUGGUAAAGCCUGGAGAUCGCAUAUGGUUUCCAACUUUCUCUCUGCAUCGUGAUUCAAAAUUCUAUCAGAAUCCAAAUAAGUUUGAUCCAGACAGAUUCCUUAAUGGUGAUGUAGACAACUCGGUCUACAUGCCAUUUGGUGUUGGACCUAGAAUCUGCAUAGGUAAUAGAUUCGCUCUAAUGGAAAUAAAAAUCGUGAUGUUCUAUUUGCUUUGGCAUUGCGAUAUUGAACCUGACGUUAAAACUAGAAUUCCAAUGAUGUUGAGCAAGAAAACACUAACUUUAUUGCCGGAUGGAGGUUUUUGGAUGAAAUUACGAGCGAGAAAAUCGAAAACUCCUGUUGUACCAUGUUUAUCAAACGAGCACAAAAUUGAGGGACAGUAAUAGUAUAUAUUUAUACUCGUAACUUGU